AUGUCCAACUUCGUGAAGGUCAGCCGGUGUCAGCCCAGCUUUGCUUGUUGGAUGCUUAGUGAGGACACUUCACAGAAAUUUCGGCAGGCCGGUCGCUCGAAGAUCUCGGCGCGCGAUGCGGAGGCAGUUGCUCAUAGCUUGUUGGCUUGCCCCUGCACGGGCUGGCUGCACAGGCUUCGCCAUGCAGAAGUCUGUCCAGGCAGCAUGUGCAUGUGCCAACUCUGUUGCACACUGCAAAAUGUCGACGCUUUCAACGUCUUGCGACUCUGCUGCUUGUCUGAGGUCAGAAUCGAUGUCGAGCUCGAUGUCAGCGGAGAAGUCACCUCUGCUGUGUUUGAAAGUUUGUAA